AAGGGGGGCUGGACGCCAUUCCCUUCUUUCCUUCCCGGCUUUUGGAUGUGCAGAAACGCCCUUUGUAGCCCCUUCGGACCUUUUUUCGUAGCCAACUGAGAAAGGCAUCUUCUCAGAGUCAAGGGCUACCGAGUGGAAGAAGAAGGAGAUGGAAGAACAGGACCCAGAAGGAGUGGGACGCUGCAAGAGAGCAACGAAUAGCCCCUGUCCCAUGCAAGCUGGGAGUGGUGUUGCAUUCUGGGAGAGAGCUGUGCCGAAGAUCCGGAAUCAAAAGCCUCUGAACGCGGAAGUACUUUUCCAGCAGUUCCGCUACCACGAUGCUGAUGGGCCCCGAGAAGUUUGCAGCCAGCUGCAUGGACUCUGCAACCGCUGGCUGAAGCCAGAGAUGCACUCCAAGAAGCAGAUCCUGGACCUGGUGAUCCUGGAGCGGUUCCUGACCAUCCUGCCCCAAGAAAUGCAGCGCUGGGUUAGAGGAUGCUGUCCGGAGACCAGUUGCCAAGCGGUGGCCCUGGCAGAGGGCUUCCUCCUGAGUCAAGCCGAGGAGAAGAGGCAGGCAGAGCAGAGGUGGGGUCCAUCCGUGAAGAUGGAAACGAAGUUCUCUGAGAGGGAAAGAGCUCCGCUGGAGGAAGGGCAGCCUGCCCAUGACCAGGAACGUGCCCAAAAUGCCCUCUCACGCGGCAGGGAAGAGAGAGUGUUGAUCCCUUCUCUUUGUGGAGGUGUAAAAACAGCAGCUGCGCCUCCAGCCCAGGUAGGAGAGAUGAGCAGAGGACAGCCUGGUUCCCCCUCCCUUUCCCAGUCUCUGGUUUCCUUUGGGGAGGUGGCCGUGUAUUUCAGUGAGGCAGAAUGGGCAUUACUGGAUCCAGACCAAAGAACUCUCUACGAGGGCGUCAUGCUGGAGAACUACGAGAGUGUGGCCUCUCUGGCAGAACAAGUAGAGGAACUUGAUAAAGGAUUCCAGGGAUUCUCUGUGGAAAAAGACAAGGAUCAAGAUUCCAAAGGAAAGUCUGAAGAUGGAGAACUCUCUACCCAUCAAAUUCACUGCAUGUUCCAAUCCCGUCCUGGAACAAGGAGUCCUUACUGGAGCCGGGACUAGACUUCCGGUUGCGAGGUGAGGCUGAGAGGAGCUAGAGGUAGCUCAGAGAAGCUUUUCCCCUUACCUUCCUGCAAAACUCAGAGCUAACACUAGACUCCAGGGGCUAGCGGAGGGUAACCCUGCCUGGAUAAAGGGGGGCAGAGUGGAAAGACAACAGCUGGCGUCCAGGAUGUUGUCGGUGGCUGAGAGGCUCACUGGUGACUUGCGCGGUGAGCUGAUACAGCAGAGACGACCAUACAGGUUGCUUGAACCAGGGGGGAAAGCUAAAACAGCUCAGCACGCAACAGAACAAACAUAACAUUUGGCUAGGAUUUAGAAAGAGGAAAAAAAACAAAUUACUAGACCUGUGGAAACAGAGGCGGGUCAAUAGAGACCGGAACAAACUGGAAGAAUAAGGAAGAUAAGUGAGGAAAAGUGAGAGAAACAACGAACGGCUGUACGUUAUUUGGGAAUUACAAAAACAAAUGGAUCUACUAUAUACCCAAGAGCUACAGAGGAAGUUAAACUAUCUGAAAGCAAAAAGAAUUUGAACAAGGAAAUAGAUCGGGGGAAUGGUUAGCAUGGAAAUUACGUAGAGAGUCAAAGGAAAAUAGUGACUGAGAUUCAUCAUGAGGGGGAAAUAUAUAAUAAACAAAAAGAUAUAACAGAAAUAUGGUCAAAAUAUUACGCAAAUUUAUAUAGUAAACAAAUUGAUACCAACAAUCAGGAUGCGUAUAUUUUAGAACAUACAAAAAUAAAAAUGACACCAAAUGAGAUUAAAAUUUUGGAAAAAGAAAUAGGAGCAGCAGAAAUAAGGGAAGAAAUAAAAAGGCUUAAGAUAGGACACUCACCAGGGCCAGAUGGCAUUAUUGCUCAGUUUUAUAAGAAUUUUGAAACAGUUAUAACACUGUUAUUAAAAAACUUUGUGAAUAACAUAAUGGAUACAGGGAAACUGCCCCACUCUUGGGAAGAUGCAAUAAUUGCUUUAAUUCCAAAAGAAGGCCAAGAUCAUAAGAAUGUCAAAAAUUAUCGUCCAAUAUCCCUUCUUAACAUCGAUUACAAACUCUUUACAGGAAUUAUCACCCAAAGGUUGAAAAUUAUUUUGAAAGAAAAAAAUUAAUAAAGAUCAAAAUGGGUUCCUUCCUGGUCAGCAACUAAAAAGUAACAUCAGAUUUAUAAUAAAUAUGAUAGAGUAUUUCCAUAAACAAAUCAACAAACAGGGAGCAAUGGUUUUCUAUGAUAUAGAAAAAGCAUUCGAUAAUCUAAAUUGGAGAUUUGUAAAACAAACAAUUUGAACAAUAGGAGGAGCGUCAAAAUUAAGAAAUGCAAUUGAUGCUAUUUAUAACCAUCAGACAGCAAAAAUAAAAAUCAAUAAUGAACUUUCCCAACCGAUAAAUAUUUUUAGAGGCACUAGACAAGGCUGUCCCCUUUCCCCAAUAUUGUUCAUACUAUCAUUAGAAAGUAUAAUUCAUGAUAUAAAAACAGAUUAUAAGAUACCAGGGAUCAAAAUUAAUAAUUAUGAAUAUAAAUUAAAGGCAUUUGCCGACGAUCUAGUAAUUUUAGUUGAUAACCCAUCAGAAUCAUUAGUUGCCUUAAAAGACAAAAUGAAUAAAUUUCAUGAAGUUUCGACAAAAAAACUAAAAUUAUGACAUUUAAUUUGAAUAAAAAUCAAGAAAAAAAGAUUGAAACUUUAAUUAAGUACAUCAUUGUCAAAAAGGUACGUUAUUUAGGAAUCAAUUUAACAAAACAGAUUAUUCUAUUAUUUAAAGGAAAUUGUGAGCCCAUGUGGAGAGAAAUCAAAAAGGAUUUAAAUAGAUGGACAAAAUUAAAUCUAUCUCUAUUGGGCAAGAUUGUAGCAGUAAAAAUGAAUAUACUUCCCAAAAUGUUGUUCUUAUUUCAGACAAUCCCGAUUAUUAUCACAAAUAAAUAUUUUGAUAAUUGGAAAAAAUAAAUAUUAAAGUUUAUUUGGGGGAGUGGGAAAAAGUCCAGAAUUAACUAUUUAAAUUUAAUUGAAGUCAAAGAAAAGGGAGGAUUUGCUUUACCGGAUUUUAAAUUAUACCAUCAAGCGGCAGCCUUAUCUUGGUUUAAAGAUUGGAUGCUUCUAGAAAAUAAAGAAAUUCUUAAUAUAGAAGGCUAUAAACUGCAUUAUGGUUGGCACCAUUAUAUAUGGUAUACUAGAGGCAAAAUGCCAAGAGAAUUUUAGACCAUUAUGUACACAAAGUCAUACGCAAGGUAUGGAGAGAAUACUGAAGUAAAUAUAUGAUAAAAACUCCCAAAUGGUUAUCUCCACAUGAAUGAUUUCGAUUGAAUCCAACAUUAGAAAUAAGUUAUUUAAGAUAUUUGGAUAUCCUAGAAAACAGUCAAUAGUUUUCAACUGAAAGAAAGACCGGAAGUAAAGAUAGAGGGAAAUGAAUGCCAAUGGUUCUUGUACCAUCAAAUUAAAAAUAAAUAUAAUAAAGAUAAGAUACUUUGGACAACGAUACAGAAAGGUCAACAGAAAUUACUAAGUAGGUUAUACAAUAUGUUAAUUAAAGUUAGAAAAAGUGCAAAUAAAAGAAUGUAUGAUUCAAUGGGCCCAAGAUUUGGGGAGAAAUAUCUAUUUGAACCAAUGGGAAAAGUUAUGGACAAAGAAUAAGAUUUACGAAAUGUACCAAUAUAACAGAAUUUUUUUAUAAAAUGUUCUAUCGCUGGUAACUAUGUCCACAAAAAUUAGCAAAAAUAAGUAAAGGGGAAUCAGGUCAGUGCUGGAAAUGCCAGAAAGAGAAAGGCACCUAUUUUCAUAUGUGGUGGCAAUGUGGUCACGCUCAAACGUAUUGAAAGGAAAUUCAUGCAGUUAUGAGUAAAAUCUUAGGCUGCAAGUUUAAAUUUUUGCCAGAAAUCUUUCUGUUGAAUAUGAUUGAUUCUAUAAAAAUUAGAAAAAACGAUACAUUAAUUUUAUACAUGGUUUCAGCUGCCAGAAUUAAUUAUGCAAAAACUUGAAAAGUAAGAAAUAUCCCCUCAAUUGAAGAUUUCUUAUUAAAAUUGAUAAGAGUAUAUAAAAAUGGAUAAAAUUUCAAGUUUAUUAGAACAUCAUCAUUUAACUGAUUUUUUACCAACUUGGGAACCAUCAGUAAAAUAUUCAAUGAAUGAGAAAAAAUUUCUUUAUUUAAAAAAUUUAAUAAACAGUUAAAUAUUCUUUUUCUUCUUUUUUAUAGAUCGCAUUCUUCUGCAGACUUUGUAUUAGCUUUUUUCAUGAUUAAUACCCUCUCAUUUAUGGAUGAUACGUGUUGAUGUAACCAACCUUGUUCAAUUAUAAUUUUAUUUAGGGGAAAAGUCGGACUUGAUAGAUAAAGAUAAGGUAUAUAGAUAAGAUGGAUUAGACUGUAUAUUCUGUAUAUUCCACAGGUUAUUUAGUUAGAACGAAACCUAUAAGUCUCUUUCUAUAACCAACAGUAAAAAGUAUGUACAUUAAAUAGACAGAUCAAAUCUAAUUUAAAUGUAUUAGAUUAUGUAAGGAAUACCUAUCCUAGCUGGAAAUAUAUUGUCUUAAAGGGUGAAUCACAUAUAUUAGAUUAAGAUUUUCUUAUACUUACGGAUUUUAUUUCCAUGUUAUUAAUGUAACAACUAUUUUACAUAUUGUUAUAUUUCUUUCUCUUUUUCAAUAAAAUAAAUUUUUU